AGACUUCUGAUUGUGUGUUGUUUGUUUUGAAUGGCUUUUUUAUACUUCGUAACCCAUCUGUUAUUUAACGUUUAUUGUAAUUUACUGGCGAAAAAAACACAUUUUAAUAAAUACUAAUUGGAGCGAUUUAAUAAAUAGCUCACGUGAGUAUCUGAUUGGCGUUUCCGAAAUGAAAAAUGUAUAUAUUUACGGAUAUUUAUAAGUAGAAAGAUUACGCGUGAUGAUAUAGUUAUUGGUAGGAUCCUUUGUCUUAACGCGUGAUUAUAAAAUUACGAAUUAGAAAAAGAGAGAUUUUUUUGGGGGGUCUCCCGCUGGCAGACAAGUUGUCGGCGGUCCCACUGACGUGUCAACGCUAGUUUAGUCGGACAAAGUACACUAGUUAGAUGAGCCGGUGACGGGAGAAAAGCAGUUGCUGUAGGCAAUCACAUGUAUGUUACGUAAAAGCUUAGGCUAGUUGGUUGGAUCCGCGUGAGGGACGACCAUAUCCGACUGCAGGAGGCUAGGCUCGCACCCGAGUCCCAUGGCGUUGAAACAGUGGCGUGCCUCAAAGGAGGGGCGGUCCGAGUGAGAGGCUUGCUCGGCGCCUGUGCACUACAACAUUAUUGUACCGUAGGCCUAACAGACGAACGGACGGUGAAGCCUGACGGGUCUAGAGUGUUAUAUCCGGUCUUGUGCGGGCUCGGUCUCGUUUGUUUGGGCGAAGCUCACGUAAUGUAUGAGUGUGUAAUCCGAUGCUUAGGCCUGCGUGACCGUGUUUUACCACCCAAGGCCAACACUGGGACAGAAAUGUUUAUUUUUCUUUUGGUACCUCGUUAUGUGUGUUUUCUAUAUCUGUGAAAAGUCCGCGGGGAUGCAACAUUAAAUCAGAGUAGAAACAAUCGGCUAUACGGAAUUGUCACAUACGUCUUACACUUACCUGGAUAAAUUAUUUCCCAGUCGGAAGGACCUUCUUCCAGUCGCCCCAUCUCUACUGGACAUAGUGUGUAGGCUAUAUGUGUGUGUGUGUAGAGUUCUUCAGACUAGAGCGAGGAGGUGUGGUCAGUCAGUGACACUGCACAGCGCCGUUCUACUAAAAUCGACAGUGGGCACUCACCAGUAGUGGCCAGCUGAUCGGUGGUGGCCAAAUUCUCGGCAUGGAGAGCGAACAGUCUAUUGGCUGGUAACAGACGGAUGGCUGGUCCCACCAUGACCUAACGCCAUGGAUCCCCAUGUCCCAGGGAUUGACAUGGACACAGGCCAGAGAGUGGACAAACAGACGACAAUAAACCAUGGUCCUGGCCUGGUGGACACAGGUGACAGGAGGUGCAGCAUGACCCCUGAGGAUAACCCCAAAGAAGCUGAUAGGGGGUCGAGCUUGGGUGGUGGUGAGGUCAGCAAAGAGUCCAGUCAUCCACUGGACUCUAGGUGUGGGAGGUACCCGACAAGGGGUGGUGACCACCAAUCGGACAGUUCUCUCAGUGAUGUGGAAACAUUCAGGGGCAAAAUAAUCUACAACCCAGAUGGUUCUGCAUACAUUAUAGAGGGUGCCGGUGAUUCAGAAGCCAGUGAUGAAGAAUGCAGUUUUGAUCUACCUCAGCAGGAAGGAUGUAUCGUAGAUGCUCGUGGAAUGACUCCGCCUAAUUUUAGGGUCAUUCCAGAAGUGGUGAAUGCAUUUCACAUUUCGAGAAACCCUGCCCUUAGUGCCCUGUACGGCCAAGCUUAUAAUCUCCUACAGGAGAGUACCAAAGUUCCUGAAGUCCCCGUGAUGCAUAGUUACAGGGUGAUAACUGUGAGGCGUGAUAAAGACAACAAAUGUAAAGACAAUAAAGAUAGUAAGGGUUCGAAAAGGCCCGGUAGUAAUUUGGAAAAAUCUAAUUUACCUUUCUUGGAUUAUUCAUCUGUGCCCAUCAAACCAAUUCUUAUGUGUUUCAUUUGUAAGUUAUCUUUUGGAUACAGUAAAUCUUUCGUUGCUCAUGCAAUGGGUGAGCAUAAUAUUGGACUGAAUGAGGAAGAGAGGGAAAUAAUGUCUCAGCAGAAUAUUUCAGCCAUUAUACAAGGUGUGGGAAAGGAAAAAGAACCAUUGUUAUCAUUCCUAGAACCAAUUCCUACAUCAUCCGCUCAGGACAAUGUGUUACCAAAAUUUCGUGGUAACUAUUUUCCCCAUUCUAUGAGUUCCUUUGUCUCUUCGAGUCCCAUGGCAUCCUUACUGAAUGUUGUCAGCAGUGCUGUGUCUAGUGGUGCUGUUACAACAGUAGUUUCAGCUAGUUCGAGUCCCGUUUCGUCCAUUCCACAAAUAAAGUCAGCUCUGAGGACAGAUAGGGCUUCUCCUGGAGCUGUCUUUAAUUCUGCAUCUUCCAUUACUACCAAGGACGAAGUGUUAGCGCCAGAACUUGAAGAUUUGGCUAACAUUGAAAAAAUGGCAAAAGCAGCAGCUGCUGCUGCAGCUGCCGCUGAAGCAAGUGAGACAAUGGUAAUGUCAAAUUCAGAAAGAAAUCAACUUGAAAGAUCAGGAUCUACAAAUAUUCAUCUAAAUGACGCCAACUUUGCAGCUCAGGGAAUCCAGGAUGACAGACAAGGAACAGCUACAUCAAGUUGUGUAGACAGACCAACUAGUAGGGGUAGUGUAGACAGCAUAUCUCCUGGAGUGAGAGCAUCUCCUAAAGUUCUACCGGUGCCCAGUCCCCAUCUUUCCACUUGCCAAUCUCCCACCCCAUCCACGAGUCAUGUGAUUGGAGUGUGUGCUCAACAUCCUGAUGGUAAAACAAACGGAGUAGAAUGUCCAAAAUGUGACAUGAUUCUGGGUUCAUCACGCUCUCUUGGAGGUCAUAUGACAAUGAUGCAUUCCCGUAAUUCAUGCAAGACUCUUAAGUGUCCCAAAUGCAAUUGGCACUACAAGUACCAAGAGACAUUAGAGAUUCACAUGAAAGAAAAACAUCCAGAAAAUGAAAUGAACUGCAUUUAUUGUUUAGCUGGACAACCUCAUCCACGUCUGGCACGUGGAGAAACAUACACAUGCGGUUAUAAACCGUAUCGGUGUGAAGUGUGCAACUAUUCUACCACAACUAAAGGAAAUCUUAGCAUACACAUGCAAUCAGAUAAACAUAUUAAUAAUGUUCAAGAAAUGCAAAAUGGAACAUUGUCAGCUGAACAUAUCCUACAAACACAAGGACUCCCACCCACUUCAUUACCACCUGAUCCCCAGAUUGUGAAAAAACCACCCCCUGCCCCUAAACCGAAGGCAACAUGGCGAUGUGACAUCUGUAAUUAUGAAACCAACGUUGCACGUAAUUUGAGGAUUCACAUGACAAGUGAGAAACACACUCAUAAUAUGAUGGUGCUUCAACAAAAUGUCAAACACAUGCAGCAGUUAACAGCCUUUCAACAGGCUCAAGCCUUAGAUCCACUUUUUCAGUUCCACCCAGGUUUGCUUCUUCCCUGUGAUGCUCAGUUACAGCCCGAGGCUGCUCUAGCAGACAUGGCUUAUAAUCAUGCCUUGCUAAUGAUGGCUACUCAGCAACAACAGCAGCAGCAACAACAACAACAACAACAACAGCAGCAGCAACAACAGCAGCAGCAGCAACAACAGCAGCAGCAAGUUAUGGCAGCCGCUGCAGCUGCAGCAGCAACCGGAAAGACUAAUUUGGGACCAUCACCAAACAUAAAUCAAUCAGUGGAGUUAAAUCAUCGCGAAACAUCAUCACGUGGUGAAGUGCAGUAUGAUGAACUGAACAAGUUAUUUCAGUGUUGUGUCUGUAACAACUUUUCUGCCGAUACGGUAGAAACAUUAAACCAUCAUGUGAUGGAAGAUCGUACGAGACAGCGUGAGGACGAAGUUCUCAUGGUUGUCGCAGGUAGUUUUAUUUGUAAGUUGUGCACUUAUAAAACCAAUCUUAAAGCUAACUUUCAGCUCCAUUGCAAGACGGACAAACAUCUUCAACGGUUACAACAUGUCAACCACGUGAAGGAGGGUGGCGUUCGAAAUGAAUGGAAACUGAAAUACGCCAAUGUCAGCAACCCCGUCCAAGUACGUUGUAACGCAUGCGAUUAUUACACCAACAGCAUUCAUAAACUUCAAGUGCAUACAGCCAAUCCCAGACACGAAGCCAGUGCUAAACUGUUCGUCCAUUUCCAAAUUGCAGAAACUGCAGUGAUGGCAGAGAAUAAGUAUUACCAUUGUAAAUUGUGUAAUUUCUCUUCGAGAACUAAAAUUAAUUUAAUACAACAUAUACAUUCCCUAAGACAUUUAAGAAAUGAAAAUUUCCGUCAAAUGCAACAAAAAAGUGAAGGAAGAUCUGUCGAGGAUGAUAUCAGAGAAACUUUUCUUGUCAAGGAAUACAAGGGAAACGAAAAGAUUAUAUUUGAUUCCGAAUUCGAUGCGCGGUUUGGUACUGACUUGGAUAUACCCACAAUAGAAGAAACAACAGAAACGCCACCCGCAACAAACGAAACAUUACCUCUGGGUUCAGCACCCAUGCUGAAACAAGCCCUUUUAGAUCAUUCCAAAACAGCUAAUUCUACAAACGAAGGAAGUGUCGAUCAAACUCAUUCGUGUCCAUUCUGCAAUUAUACAAGUGCCAAUGAAGUUCGCAUUCAAAUGCAUGUGGUGGCACAACAUUCCCAAAGGCCGUCAACAGUUCUGUGCCCUCUAUGUCAAGAGAAAUUUAAAGAGUGGGUAAAACUUGAAAAUCAUUUAACAGAGGUUCAUCACGUCAACAACGAAGGAGUUCAACGUCUUUUAGCAUUAGUGGAUAAAUCCGAUUGGAUCAUGCCUCCUUCGCAAGCAAAACAAGGUAAUGAUGGGAAUGCACAAACAGAAGAAGUUGAUUGUAAGCAAGAUUUGGUCGAUGGAGAUUGUAAAACUGAAGGAGAAUUAACGGAUAAAAUGUUCAUCGAUGAAAAUCCUAUUGAUGAAUUUUCAUGUCAUAUGUGCGGUAAAACGUUCGUUAGUGUGGAGGAAUUAUUUAAUCAUCAGAAUGAGUUAAGUCAUCUGGAAUUGAAGACAACAUCGAAUGGGCCCAGAUAUUUCUGCUGGAGGAAAGGUUGCAAUCAGUAUUUCAAAUCAAUAGCCACGCUUCAGAUUCAUUUCAAAGAAGUUCAUACCAGAAGGACUCCUUUAGCUGUAUCAGAGCGUCAUGUAUAUAAAUACCGAUGUAACCAAUGCAGUUUGGCAUUCAAAACCUUAGAGAAACUUCAACUUCAUUCACAAUAUCAUAUCAUUCGUGCAGCUACUAAGUGUGUACUGUGUGGAAAAAAUUUUCGUUCCAUUCCAGCUUUGCAGAAACACGUGGAAUUAGCUCAUGCAGAUAUGACUAAGGAAGAAGCAGAACAAUAUCGUGCUAGUCUAGCUAAUAAUCCUUUGCUCACAGGAGGGGUUUCCGGUAUUUUAACUCCAGAAACGCCAGAUAUAUUGAAAAAAGAAACAAGAGAAGAUAGCGAACAGCAAGAAGAAAUGGCAACAGAACAUGUCGAAAAUCAAGAGAAGGAACAUCCUCCAAUAGAAACUGAAAAUGAAGUGCAGGAAGUAGUGGAUCAAUCAGUACAGGAUGGAAACGGAGGAAAAGAACAACAAAUAUUUGAAGAUUACAUCAACAGUCAAGCAAUAGCGGAAGAUAGUUAUAAUGAUCCAAGCAGAAAAUAUAAGUGUCAUCGUUGUAAAGUGGCCUUUACUCGACAGAGCUAUUUAACAAGCCACAAUAAAACGUUGUUGCACAGAAAGGGUGAAAAGUUAAGUUAUCCAAUGGAAAAAUAUUUAGAUCCAAAUCGACCGUACAAGUGUGAAAUAUGCAAAGAAUCGUUCACGCAAAAGAAUAUUCUCCUGGUUCAUUAUAAUUCAGUUUCUCAUCUCCAUAAAUUAAAACAAAGUAUGAAGGAAAGCAAUCAAGCAGCAAAUAACAGUUCUCAAAACAACUCUGUAGCUUCUUCAAAUUCAGUUACGACAGUAACAACAUCUUCAGGCAUUAAUAAUUUGCCAUCCACUAAUACAUCAACGUCUGCUAAUGACUCUGAUAAGAAACCAUAUAAAUGCAACAUUUGUAAGGUUGCUUACAGUCAAGGAUCUACCUUAGAUAUUCAUAUACGUUCAGUAUUGCAUCAGACUAGAGCAUCUAAAUUACAUGAAUUGGCAAUCACUGGACAAAUAGAUCUCAGCAUACCGUUAGUAGAAAGACCUGAUCCAAUACAACAUAAUCAGGAACAAAAGCCUGGAGAUGCGACGUUUCCAACCAAAGUUUCACCGCCAACUAGUCAGUGUGCAAGUGCGGUGUCUCCUCAUAAUACGUCGAAUUUGAUAGAUAAUUUAACAACGUCCAAUAAUGCUUUGUCGUCAAGAACUGGAGCUUUAAAUAAUAUUUCUCCACAACUUCCAUUACAACUUUCUCCCGAUUCUUCAAUCCAACAAGCAUUGAAUCUCGCACCUCAUAUUGGACAACCACCUGUUCUCAUUCCUUCUCAAGUAUCUCCACAAACAGUACUUACAUGUCAACGUUGUAAUGCCGUAUUUAUGUCUCAGGAAGCUUUGAUACAGCAUCAACAACUAUAUUGUUUCUUCCAACAACCUUCGGCAUCCGUUUUAAAUAAUUCAAACACUCCAAAUCCUGUACAAUCCUCCAGUCUUCAAAGCCAUACCACACAGCAAUCUCCCCAGCAGCAUAGGUUACAAUUAACUCCAGAUAAGGAUGAUCAGAAUAAAGCUGGUCAGUUACUGCAAUUGACAUCUGCAGAACCAUCAACAUCACCAUCUCAACCUCCUCCACCACAACAGAGUCCUGGACUUAGUCAACAAAUGCUUCGAGCAAAAUUCGCUUUUCCAAGAACAAAACCGCUUAUGUAUAGACAUCUUUUGGAAAGUUUUGGAUUUGAUGUUGUAAUGCAGUUUAAUGAAUUGACACAGAAGAAACCAAAGAAAGAAUUAGAUAAGCGAGAUGGAGAUGAAGAUGUCCCUGAAGGUGUUUCAAUUAAUCAGAAUUGUAGAGAAGAAACAUGUAACAGCAGUAUUAAUAAUAACGGUAAUAAUAAUAACAAUGAAGAGGAAGAGAAGAUUGGUAAGGCGCAUUUGCCAGAAAUCAACAAAUCUUUAUGUCCCCUUUGUCAGAAAGAAUUUUCAAGUAUUUGGGUUUUGAAAACCCACCAAGAAGAAAUUCAUAAAGUUAUAGUUCCAGUGGAAAUAGUAGAAAAAUUUGCUUUGGAAUUUAGAUCAGAUUAUGAGAAAAGAACUGCUAAUCAAUCAGAAAAUCAUCCUGAAGAUCUUCCUGCACCAUCUGAAGCAAGUUGUUCAUCUCCUUCCGUUAGUGCAGAAUCUAGCCAUGGACCAACUCCAACUCCUGUAGCAACUUCUCUUCCUCCUGUUUUCAUGCCAACUUCCGGAACACCACCAGCUACUUCCUUUUCGUCUAUUGAUAUGGCGUCUUCCGUUACUACGAGUCAAAUGGCGGCACAACUUCAAUUUAAUCAACUUUUGAUGAGUAUGGGUUUAGGAAUGGGUUUGCCAAUGGGCAUGAAUAUGCCUUUUGCAGCCGCAAUGAAUCUUCAUCCACCACUUAUACCCGUUAUGAUGCCACCUCCCUUAGAUCCGUUAGUAGCAUCUGCCUUUAGUCAUCCAAUCAUGCCUGGUGCCAUGGAUCCAAAUUUCUUCAGUGCUCAACAAAAGCUUCUCCAGCAACAACAACAGUUGGCCCAGACUCAACAAAAGCGUGCUCGCACCAGGAUCAGUGAUGAACAGUUAAAAAUUUUGAGAGCUUAUUUUGAUAUUAACAAUUCGCCAACAGAAGAACAAUUGAUGGAGAUGUCUGAUAAAUCUGGAUUACCAUUGAAAGUGAUAAAGCAUUGGUUUCGAAAUACGUUGUUUAAAGAAAGACAGCGCAACAAAGAUUCUCCAUAUAACUUCAAUAAUCCGCCAUCUACAUUUCUUAAUUUAGAAGAAUAUGAAAAAACAGGAGAAGCGAAAGUUGUAGAUUUAAAAUCUUUAAAUGAAAACGAUCCUAACAAUCUGAAAUUUGGUGAAAACAAGAACGAUUCAAAACCAUCAACUGAUCAAGAAAAUAACGCCAAUUCUGAGGAAUUAUCUGUCAAGCAAGAAACAAAUAAGCAAAUGUUUUCAGAUGCAAAAUGUAUGCUACCAACAUCUAACCAAUCCCAAGGAUUUCCAUCUACGAGUAGCAUGUCUGUAACAUCAGUUCAAGCUGCAGCGUGUUCUCUUACUUCUACGUUUACAUUCCCUAGCCACAGUUUGGACAUCACAGGCAAAAAUAUGCUUUCAACGGAUAUAACAACUUCCCCUCAAACAUCAACUUUAACAACUCCCACGACUCCAACGCCAUGUACACCACCAAUUUCGGAAUCACCUCAUUCAACCGGAACACCGAAUUCUAGCGGAACGACCACACCAACUACCACUAGCAGUUCUACCACAGGCAAAAGGGCCAACCGUACUAGAUUCACAGACUAUCAGAUAAAAGUGUUGCAAGAAUUUUUCGAAUCGAAUGCAUAUCCGAAAGAUGAUGAUUUGGAAUAUCUGUCGAAAUUACUGAAUCUCAGUCCGCGCGUGAUUGUCGUGUGGUUUCAGAAUGCCAGGCAAAAGGCUAGGAAAGUAUACGAAAAUCAACCGCCUGUGAAUCCAGACGACGAUGGUUUGGGAAGAUUCCAAAGAACUCCAGGAUUGAAUUAUCAAUGCAAGAAAUGUCUGCAAGUGUUUCAACGCUAUUACGAACUUAUCAAACAUCAGAAAAGCGCUUGUUUCAAGGAUGAAAAUCCACUUGCAGCUCAAAUUAAAGUUUCGAGUGGAAAUAACGAAGAUAGAUCUCAGUCUUCACCAGUAGCUAGCACUAGUCCAGCUCUCAAUAGACCACCUCUUGAGAAAUUUGGACAGAAUGGUACCUACAGAUGUGAAAAAUGUAGUCUGGUAUUUCCACGCAUUGAUCUCUGGCGCGAGCAUCAAAUUGUUCACAUUAUGAAUCCCAACCUAUUUCCCAAUUUCAAUCCAAAUUCACCGUACGGAGGAGUAUUGCCUUACGAUACCCAACCUACAAUGCCUCCUCUAAAAAGAAAACUCUCUGAAGAAGAAGAAGUUAAAGAAUCAGCAGAACAACCCAGAGAUAAAAGACUAAGAACCACCAUUUUACCUGAACAAUUAGACUAUCUUUAUCAGAAAUACCAGAUGGAGAGUAAUCCUAGUAGAAAGAUGCUCGAAAGUAUUGCGAGAGAAGUGGGACUGAAGAAACGGGUUGUCCAGGUGUGGUUUCAGAACACAAGGGCACGUGAACGGAAGGGCCAGUUCCGCGUUCACCAGCAGGUGAUUCAUAAAAGGUGUCCCUUCUGUCGUGCAUUGUUCAAAGCUAGAUCGGCACUCGAAUCCCAUUUAGCCACUAGGCAUGCUGAUCAAUAUACUAAAGGAGAUGUCAAUAUCGAUAGUCUUCCUGAUGGAGAUUGUGAUUCAAAUCCAGAAAUGCCAUCGACGUCCAUUACAUCUGAAGAAAAGAAUACUAUGCUGAAUUUUCCUGUUAGUAUAGCAUCUCCUGUUACAUCUUCAUUUUCUUCUGUCUGUGCUGAAUCGGUACAAAAUUCCAUGAAAAAGUAUUAUGAGGACUCACUGAAGAAAUACCUGGAUGAACUGUGUCCUCCGACCCAUGUUAGCAAAGAAUCUUCAUUUCCAACAGACUUAAGUAUUAAAGUAAAGACUACUGGAAAUCAGGAGAAACAAGAAGAAAAGAGCGAAUCGCGAGAGAUACCAUUGGAUCUAAGUAAACCUCUAAAAGUUGGUGCAUUAGAACUAGAAAGAUCAGGUGACAUCCCAAUCAAUUUGAGUGAAAGGAUAGUAGAAGACGGGAUAUCUCAAGCACCUAGUAUUGAUGAGGCUCCUUCGGAAACAUACUCAGAAUCUACUGAUAAUAUGGAAGGUGAAGAUGCAUCACACGAAAGUAAUCCAACAUCUCCCGCUUCAAAUUUACAUAAUCAGAGAUAUCCAUCAGGUAGCGGCAAGCGAUUCAGGACUCAGAUGACAACAGUACAGUUGAAAGUGAUGAAGUCAAUUUUUUCAGAAUACAAAACUCCCUCGAUGGCAGAAUGUGAAAUGCUUGGUAGAGAAAUAGGAUUACCAAAAAGAGUGGUGCAAGUUUGGUUUCAAAAUGCACGAGCAAAAGAAAAAAAAUCAAAGUUGGUUUUUGCUAAAACUUUUGGGCAAGAAUUAGAAGUAGGAAAACCUCCCGAAGAAUGUGUUAUGUGCGGUGUUAAAUACAAUCAAAAGUAUUCAAAUACCAAUCUUCAAGAUCAUUUAUUCUCUAAAAAACACCUGGACAAUUUAAAGUUACAAAUAACUAAUAUGAAAUUGAAAGAAGGUCAGGAAGGUAUAGACAGACAAGAAUUGGCAGUAUCUCUUGCUGCAACUUCCUUGCCUCAAGCAAUGCAACAACAGCAGUCCCAAGACAUGGAUCAUAGUGGAUCUCCUCCAACACCAUCUACAGCAGGUCAAGCUAAUUUGAUGCAGCAGCUUCAAAUGAUGGGACUACAACAAAUGGCAGCUGGUUUGCCAAUUCCAAUGAACCUCAAUCAAACGACUGGAAGUCUGACAAUGAACAUGCCCGCUCAGCCAUCGUCAUCGGUUCCAACGGGCUCUAAACUGGAGCAAGAAAAGAACAGAAACAAUUCAAAAAAUGAAAAAUCUCCGACGAACGGUACUUCUACGAACAACAUUAAAAGUCCAAUUUCUAAUGAUAUUGCAUGCAAAGCAAAAGAGGAGGACAAAGAAUUAGGUUCCAUAACGCCAGCAGCCAAUCAGACUAACAACAAUAUGCUGAAUCCCAUGGGUGACUUCGUCCUAUCUAGCAACGAGUCUUCAGCAGCAUCAGCAACUAAUCUUUUUCCAUAUAUGUAUACCGGCUUUCCAGGUUAUUACGCAGGUGUACCUGGAGCCUUCAUCCAUCCCACCAUGUAUACAGGUUCUCCUCCGGCAGGCUUUUUGUACGAUUCUAAUAUGUACAGUACUCCUCUGUCCCUAUUGCAGUUACCUCCAGCAGCAUUAUCAGAGGUGACACAAAAAUUAAGUCAGACAGGUAAUACAUGUGCCCGGAUCACCCAGGAUGGAAAGAAUUUGUCAGACUUGAAAGGCCGAAUACCAGAUCCAGAUUUCCAUCAAGCAGUCGAGGUCGAAGUCGACAUUGGUUUCGUAUGCAAGAAAUGCCAAAUGGUUUACCCAGCCGAAGUGUUAUGUCUUAAUCAUCAAAGAGCUUCGUGUUUUCCAACAAAAGCCAUCGGCGAUAUAAAAGCCAUGCUAAAACUGGUUCAGAUCCAUGUUGAGUGUCGUGCAUGUCGUGAGCGAUUUGUGACGGUUCUCGACUUCAAGUUCCACUGCGAUAUGGAUCGUCACAUCAAGCGAGUUCAGAAGAUGCAAAGAGAAGCGGCUCAGAAAGCAUCCGUUCAGAUGACUCAACAUCUCUCUAAUCAACAGAUGCAAUCUUCGUCGUCCAUAGCCAUAGCUACAACGGCAGCAUCGACGGUGUUGGCUGGUCUAUCGGGCACUCCGGCGCCUGCCAUUCCAGCCUGUACGGUGGUACCUAGUGUCCAACAAUCGUCGUCGGCAGUACAACCAGCUUCAAGCGCCCCUCCUAUCCCCAUGUCAGGACCGUUAGACGCUGGUUCUGAUCCCACAAGAAACGGUCUUCAGGACUUAUUGUUCAAUUCUGGUGUCCAACAGGAUUUUAGAACCGAUUUGGACGCCACUCUUAGGCUGAGUAUGGGACCUGACAAUGUGAUUCGUGGACAGGGCAUCGAUACAUCUUUGGACAUGUUCGAUCCCACAUCUAAAUCCGGGAUGUGUUACUCAGGUGACUCUACCCUAACAACAGAAGCCACUAGGCUGUAAUGCUUUUUAAUCGUCGUAGGCAAUAAUGUCUUUGUCGUGUAUUACGUUUUGCUGGAUCAAGUAGUAUAACUACAUUAUAUAAAUUUUCUCCCGUACUGUGGUGCUGGUUAAACCAUGACCCUUACCAUUCCUCCCUCCAUCGCCUGUCCCCAUUUCACUUGUCCUCGCACACCACAGACGUUUUUCAUUCGCGCCCCGUUGAUACUGGACGAGCUUAGAUGGAUCAAAACAAAUUGUAGAAUCAUAAAUGUUUUUGCCACAUGUUAUUAUUGUAGCUACAAGCUUCCUCGAAAAUAAUCUUCCUCCCUCAUAUUGUGAGGUUGUUAGUUUAGUGUAUGGAUCCAGGCUAAUGACCUAUUAUUAUAGUUGGAUUGGGAACAAUUUUUGGGGAGAUAUCUGCCUGUGGUUUUCGUCACUUCGCUUGCCACGACAUCUUACAGGAGGAGGAAAGUUUUAAAAACCAAGAAAGACAACACAGUAUAGCAUUUGCCUGCAAUAAACCCCACAAUAGUGUGGUGUCGUAGAGAUAUAUAUAAUAUAUACAGUAUAUGAAUAGACACGGUCUUUGAGACCCGAGAAAUUUCGAUCUCCUUUCAUGACUCAAAUCAUAUGACGUCAUUGAACGUCAUGACCUACUAAUGUAGUUUUCUCUUGUUUUAUAUUCUUAUUUUGUUAAUACGACCCCAAUACCCCGUUGGUGCGUGACGUAGUCUAUGUGAUAAGUGCUAGUCGUCUAUCCAUUCAUCAAAAGUAGAUAUAAAUUGGGUACUGUUCUUUAUCGGUAUCCUAUGGUUCUACAAGUCAAUUUUGUAGAUAUUAUUGAAUACAUUGUAGAGAAAUUGUAAUCUUUGCCUAUCAAUGCUGAUCAUGGAUUCUUAUUUGAUUGUCGUGUUUGCUAUACGAACACGCAAAUGAGAGCCAAGCUCAAUUCAAAGACGUUAUCAACCAGCAUUACAAAAACGGUCAUCAGCUGCCGUCAAUGUUUCACCAUGUUCCUGAUGCUCACCAAAUGGACCGGGUUGAAAGUUCCUGCAUUUUUUCUACAUCGAAGAGUAAAAAUUCUUGUUAUUAUUCUCGGCAGACACCUGUCGGGUAAAAAAGAAUAAAAAUAACGGAAAGAUCUUUUCCUUCCUUGCGUUAUUCUUUUUUCCUUCUUCUGUGAAAUUCGUCGAUGCACGUAGAGAUUUAAAUAUAAAAAAAUAUUACUUGGAUGAAAGUGGAAGCUGAAUCUUCAGUGGUGACAAAACCCGUCUGUAUGUUUCUAUCAACGUGGACACGUGUGGUAGUCACGUGGUUCCUGAUUGUCCAAUUGUAGAGCUAGUCGCUAUGAAUAACGUAGGGCGAAAGCAGAUGAGAGAGAGAGAGAAAGAAGGAGACUGUGCUCACACUGCCACCACCAUGAUUGAGAGUGGGGCAUGCUUUGGAGAAGGGGUAGAAAAGCAAGACUCAGGCACCCAGGGAUAGUCAUUUGGCGUUGGCAUUCUGGACAUUUGAGAUCUCUCCAGUUCUGGCCCGGUACUAUAUUUUUGGAGGUGUUAAGCGUGUUGGAACUGGGAGGUCGCUCUUGCCCUCGUUGGGUUAUAUCUUUCUCCAACACUUCAUUCUCAAUCGCUUCUUUUUCACUUCUCCUUUUUUUCCUUCUGGGAGGAGUGGUUCAAGUUCCUACUUAAAAUAGUGGGGCGUGAGUCCAGCACGCACUCGCACAAGGUCCAGUCAAUUUUCUGGGGCUGUUACCAAACUCUCCAAACAUUGGCAUUGUCAGUAAAUAAUGGGUUGUAGUAUUCCGGAAGUAUAUUUGCCCGUGAUGAGUUUGAAAAAAGGAGUUCUCCUCAUUCAAAAAUUCUAUUAAAAAAUCUCAUCUAUGGUUAAUGUAAAAAGUGGUUUAUUUUACAAUAUCUCUCAGUCAAAAUCAAGGGAAAAGUGCAAUGAUUCCAGGAUAUUAUUUUUAUCUCCAUUUAAAGAGUAAAUAUAAAUAGACAUAUAUAAAUAUUAUAUAAAAAAUAUUAUUACAGAUGCAUAUAAAUAUACAUAUGUAUAAAUAAACAUCUUUAUUUCAAGAAAAUAAAGAAUAAUUUAUUAAGGAGGGAGAAUAGAUAAAGAUAGAGAGAGACUGCUCCUGGAUUAAAAGGGCCAUCCAUAUUCCGCACAAUACGCAGAACGCGGGAAAUAUAAACUAUAUAUACAUCUACUAUAUAGACAAACCCAUAUGAAUGCUGUAUGCCAUCAAAGUACAAUUUGGUACAGAAGUUCCUAACAUGUUCUCUCCGUCGGCCGACUGCCUCUGUUAAGCUGUGCCCGUUAGUGAGACAUUCAAACGUCACAAGGUGCACCAACAAUUUAAAAUUUAAUUUUAAUUCAUUGUAUCUAUAUUUAUUCACCAGAGACAUUGUUUUUAUAUAAAGCAUCUCUUUAAAAAAAAUUAAAUAAACGUUUUUAAAGCAGUCUCUCUCGUGGUUUGCCUACACACUCCCUUAUUAAAAGACAGUUUGAGUUGUCUGAGAUAAGGUCAUGUUUUUAAAAAAAUCUUAUUCGAGAGUAGACUUUCAAGGAAAAUAAAUAAAAUAACAAAAAGGGUACCCCGUUUUUUGACGUGCACCUGUGAGCGUGUGUUAGGUCUGGUAUUUUAUUGCUAAACAUAAGGGCGCGCUAUGGUCGGGUUCUUCUUUAUAACCACCUGAGGUCCUAGCAAACUAAACAUGAUGUCCUCUACCUCAUACUGCAUUCGAAGUUCCUAUUACUGCUUGGACCCAGUGGCAAAGAAUGAGUGUAGAUUAUCAGAAAGCAGGUGUGUAAUUUCUUGUAUUGUAUAUACGUACGUGUGCAACAAUCUUAAAAGUCGAUUCAAUGUUGUUAUAAUCCUAGCAUUUUACGUUGCUGCUUUGAAUAUUUUAUUUUACGGUCUUUUACCAGUCGAAUUCACCUCGUGUCAAAUACGUUGCAGGUCCAACAUCAAAGGGCUUUAUAUAAACAAAUUAAACAAAAAAAAAAUGUUCAGAUUUUCAUGAUAUCUGUUAUAAAAACGCUAUCUUCUUAAUGUCAAUAAGUACAAAUUAAUAAGAGAAAAAAACCGUCGUUUGGUAUUUGAACGGCGAAACUUUGCCUAAAGGCAAUAACAACCAUUCUAAAAAAACCAUUUGUUUAUUUAUAUUGAUUUUUGUCUGCACUUAUCAUCAAGAUUGUUGAUUUUUUGUACCACCAUAUCAAACAUGUUCAGUUAAUAUUAUUAGACAUAGGUAUUGUUUCAUACAUACUUACAUGUGUGCGGCUCUAUUUUGGUAUAUUGUUUAAAAAAUUCUAGGUUUUUACAUCACAGUUCUUGUAGUAUGCUUAAGCUAUGU